AUGGACUGCUACCAGUCUGGACAGCAGGAGGAACAAACUCUUGGAGGCAAUACCAUUCAAUGCAGAGAAAUUGUUGAAACCUUGAGUGUGAAAUCUAGCAUUAUUCAGAAUAAGAGAAUUUACCCAGGCAAGAAACUCCAUCAAUACCCUGACUCUGCAGAAGCCCUUGGUGAAUCUUCACAUCUUAAGUCACAUGAGAGAAUUCUUCCUCAGAAGAAAUCAUACAACUGUGAAAAGGAUGAAAAUUCCUUCAUCAGGAGCUCUAACUUAGCGAGCCACAAGAGAAAACGUACAGGAGAGGGAUCCUAUGAAUGCAGUGACUGCGGGAAAGUCUUAAAUUCAAUCUCACAUCUUAAGAAGCAUGAGAAAACUCACAUUAGAGAGAAACCUUUUGAGUGUAGUCAGUGUGGUAAAGUAUUACAGAGCCAUGGGUCCAUUAAGUUGCACAUGAGAACCCACACUGGAGAAAAACCAUUCAAGUGUGAUCAGUGCGGGAAAUCUUUCAGCUCAAGCUCUUACCUUGCGCGUCAUAAGAGAAUUCAUACUGGAGAGAAGCCCUAUGAGUGCCAUGACUGUGGAAAAACCUUCCGAGAUAGCUCACUUCUCAGACAGCAUGCAAGGACUCAUUCAGGAGAAAAACCCUACCAAUGUAAUCAAUGCAACAAAACCUUCAGUAGAAACGCUAGGCUUACCAUACACCAGAUAACACAUACUGGAGAGAAACCCUAUAAGUGCAAUGAUUGUGGAAGAACCUUUAGUGUUCUCCUAUACUUUAAAAAACAUAAGAGAAUCCACACUGGAGAGAUAGUCACUGAAUGUAGCGUCUGUGGUAAAGCCCUAAAGAGUGAGGCAUCUCUUAAGACACAUAUGAGGAUACAUACUGGAGAGAAACCUUACAAGUGUAAUCAAUGUGGGAAAGCUUUCAGGCUGAGCUCCAACCUUGCCACACAUAAGAAAAUUCAUACUGGAGAGAAACCCUGUAAGUGCAAUGACUGUGGGAAAGCCUUCAGGGAUCGCUCAUGCCUUAAAGAUCAUGCGAGCAUUCACACUGGAGAAAAACCCUUUACAUGUAAUCAGUGUGGAAGAGCCUUCAGAGUGAAAUCUUUCCUCAUGUUACAUAAGAAAAUUCACAUGAAAAUGAAGUAUGAAUGUACGGAAUGUGGGAAAACCUUCCGUGGUCUCUUAUCUCAUGGAAGGCAUAUGAAAAUCCAUACCAGGGGCAAGAAACCUUUUAACUGCAGUGAAUGUGGAAAAGCUUUUAGCAGGCAUGUUUCCCUUACAGUACACAUGAGAACUCACACAGGGGAGAAACCCUAUGAGUGUAAUCAGUGUGGAAAAUCCUUCAGUGUAAAGUGUAAUCUCACUGUGCACAAAAGAAUACAUACUGGAGAAAAACCCUAUACUUGCAAGAUCUGUGGGCUCAGUUUCAGUAAACCCUUAUCCUUUCAGCGUCAUGAGAGAACUCAUGCCCAAUGA